AUGCGCGUCUACUUGUAUUCCGCUCUUGUUGGCGCGGCAGCCGCUAACGGAGCUAGCGAUGCCGUUCUCGCAAUCGUAAACUCCCUUUCUCGAGGGUCUCCCGCCCCUGCUGCUGCAGUAGCGCCUCCUACUAACGAAAAAGUGGUAGAAAUCCAGAAGGCCUUGACAGAGGGCGCCAUGGCUUUUGCGCAGGCUUCUGCCUUUGCGCAGUCUGCUGGUCUUAGUGAAGGAGCUGCGGCUGCGUCGGGACUGGGUGGAGCGCCGGUCUCCGGAUCGAGUACGGGGGCAGCAUCGUUUCUUUCUCGAGGCUUGGACUCUACGCAGAUGAUGGCGAUUGCUAGCAACGUUAUGGGCUCGGUUAAGGUGAAGUCUGCUCGUUCUUGCGGCACUGGAAUCCCGAGUGGUGCUUGCCCUAAGUCUUGGUCGGCAGGCGCAAACGGAGUCUGCACACCGACGGCAGGCGGAUCUUACACAGGCUACUGCGCUGGAAUUCCAAUGGGCCUCUCCGCUGUCGAAGCUGAAGAAAUGGAAAUCUUCUGUGGCGUUUGCUAUAUGUAG